UAAUGCGUUGACAUUGUGGAUCUGUAACGCAUUGACGUGUCAGCAGAUGCUGACACGACCACCGAAUCCGUUUGAAUGGCAGCCUUCAGUUUGUAACAUGUGAGUUUCAGAUAUAGAUUUAAACUUCAGCAACCAUGAAAGUGAAAGUACUUUGUAGGAAUCCUGAUGAUUACGUCAGGGAAACGAAAAAAGACAUUCAAAGAGUUCAUCGGAAUUAUGAUCCGUCUUUGCAUCCCUUUGAGGCCCCACGCGAGUAUGUGCGUGCCCUCAAUGCUACGAAGUUGGAGCGUGUAUUUGCAAAGCCUUUUCUUGGCUCGUUGGAUGGGCAUACUGAUAGUGUUCACUGCAUGGCUAAACAUCCCACUAGCCUAUCAACUUUACUCUCUGGUAGCUGUGAUGGUGAGGUAAAGAUAUGGAACUUGGCUAGUCGCAAGUGUACAAAGACACUGACAGCACAUACUGGUUUUGUCAGAAGCUUAUGUGUUGAGUCAAAUGCAAAUUACUUCUUGUCUGUUGGUGAUGAUCAGACAGUAAAGCAGUGGAGCAUGUCCUGUUCCGAGACUGAAUCUGAUGAAGCCCCAGUAAAUACUAUAAUAGGAAAGACUAUUUUCAUUGCCAUUGAUCAUCAUUGGAGGAAGCAAGUUUUUGUAACAAGUGGACAGAAAGUGGACUUGUGGGACAUCAAUCGUACAGAGCCUUUGAGGUCAUUCACUUGGGGCACCGAUAGCAUCCAUAGUGUAAAGUUCAACCCCAUUGAGGUUUCUGUGUUUGGUAGUUGUACAGCAGACCGUAAUAUAAUAUUGUACGACAUGCGUGCUAAUGCACCGUUGAAAAAGGUGAUCAUGUCCAUGAAAACCAACACUAUUGCAUGGAACCCAAUGGAACCAUUCAUGUUUACAGCAGCCAAUGAGGAUUACAAUUUGUAUACAUUUGAUGUUCGCCGAUUAGAUCAUCCAGUCAAUGUUCAUAUGGAUCAUGUUUCAGCAGUGGUGGAUGUUGACUAUUCACCAACAGGCCGUGAAUUUGUUAGUGGAAGCUUUGAUAAGACAAUACGUAUUUUCCCAGCAGAUAAAGGACGUAGCAGAGAGGUAUAUCAUACCAAGCGUAUGCAACAUGUGAGCUGUAUAAAGUGGUCCCUGGAUAACAAGUACAUCCUUUCAGGGUCAGAUGAAAUGAACGUCAGAAUCUGGAAAGCAAGGGCUGCUGAAAAACUUGGAAAGUUAAAGAAGCGAGAAGAAGCCGCUUUCCAAUAUAAUGAAAAAUUAAAAGAAAAAUACCAGCAUCAUCCUCAGAUCAAACGUAUUGCACGACAUCGGCACGUUCCAAGAUUGAUCUACAAAGAGACGCAAACGAUACGAAUACAAAGACAGUCUCUGAAACGCAAGCAAGACAAUAGGAGAAAACACAGCAAACCAGGCACUGUACCAAUCGUAUCAGAACGUGAAAAGCAUGUUGUUGGCAGUGUUGAAUAACAUCAGAAGCCAAGAAAAGAGGGCGUGCUGAAUCCAAAGCUGACAUAAUAUCACAACCAAUGUUGCUGUAGCAGACGUGUUGUGAGAGUGGUUUGAAGCUGAAUAUUUUCAGUGACGGCGCCAGUGGUGGUUAGACAAUUUCCCCUGUUAGACAUUCAUAGAUCCCCUGACGUUUGAUGCUACUUGAGGAUUUUGGACUAAAAACAGUAAUAGCGAUUCAAGUUGUUGUAGUUGCAGUUCUUAAUACUGUGGUAUAAGCUAAACGCACACUUUUUAUCAUCCUAAAACCAUAAAAUCUCUUCCUUAAUCCCAAUCAACUUAAUUUCAACUGAGAUUUUAGUCUGGGACACUGGCCAGAGUCGCUAGAGCACUGUAAGCCCCUCUCGCUUAAUUUCAACCGAGGUUUUAUUCUUGGACACUGGAGAGAGGAGGUGCUACUGCCCCUUAAUCCAUUCCGGCUUAAUCCCAACGGAGGUUUUAGUCUGGGACACUGGCCAAAGGCGCUAGGAGUAGGUAGUCACUUGUUUUGGAUUCCCUCUCAGACAUGGGUGGGCCUCCUGUCAGCAAAUUUUCCUUGACUUGAGUGUUUAAUUCAAUUUGCUAUGAUGAAGGUGUUAAGUUGAUGAUAAAACACCAUACACUAUAAAAUCUGUGUCUGUCCAGAUGAUGUUUUAUCUUACUUUUCGAUUAUCAAAUGUUAAUUGGGGAGCUGAAAUCCAUGAUUGAUUUUAGUAUCCCUAUUUUUUCAAGAUUUUGGGUUGAUCAGGAUUGGACGAAUUUCUUUUUACCUAAUCAUAUUAAUUAAAAAAA